AUGGCAUCACCGAGGAAGGUCUGCGUCAUGGGCUGCGGCAACUGGGGCACUGCGUCUGGCAAACUCGUCGCGGAGAACGCAGCGAGGCACCCUGAGUUCGAGGACAAAGUACGCCUGUGGGUGCUCGAGGAAGUCUUCGAGGGCCGCAAGCUCAGCGAGAUCAUCAACACGGACCACGAGAACAAGAAGUACCUGCCUGGUAUUAAGCUGCCUCACAACCUUGUCGGUGUACCGGACAUGAAGGAGUGCGUGCAGGAGUCCGACACCUUCGUCAUUGUGCUCCCUCACCAGUUCGUCAAGUCCACCGUCAAGAAGAUGAAGGAAAUGGGUCCGCUCAGGCCCGGCUCCAUCUGCAUCAGUCUCGUCAAGGGUAUCGAGCUCACCGGACGCGAUGUGGUCUGCUUCACCGAGACCAUCGAGCAGGAGCUUGGCAUCCCCUGCCUCGCCCUGUCCGGUGCCAACGUCGCCACCAACGUCGCCAUGGAGGAGUUCAGUGAAGCCACCAUUGGGUACAAGGAGAAGGAGCACGCCGUCAUCUACCAGAAGCUCUUCGACAGGCCUUACUUCAAGAUCAACUGCGUGCCCGGUGUCGCCGCCGUCCAGGUCUUCGGCGCCAUCAAGAACGUCGUUGCCAUUUCCGCCGGUUUCUGCGACGGCCUGGGGCUCGGGUCCAACACCAAGGCUGCCAUCAUGAGGAUCGGGCUCAACGAAAUCUACAAGUUCGCCACCAAGUUCUUCAACGAGGACUGCAACAGGGUCGUUUUCGAGAGCGCCGGCGUCGCUGACCUGAUCACCACCUGCAUCGGUGGCAGGAACGUGCGCUGUGCGGCCGAGUUUGCCAAGCACCACGGAAAGAAGUCAUGGACCGACAUCGAAAGCGAGAUGUUGGGUGGACAGAAGCUCCAGGGAACUUCCACCUCCGAAGAAGUCUACAACGUCCUCAAGGCAAACGGAAUUGAAGCUGAAUUCCCGUUGUUCGUCGUCACCUACAGGAUUGCCUACGAGGGUGCCGAUCCCGCAGACAUCAUCCGCCAGUUCUCCGUCGAAGCCAUAGCGCCAUUCUAA